AUGGCCGACGCCCAGGUCUUCGAAGAGACGUUCAGUAUAACGUCCAUCAACAACGAGAAAUACGAUCGCGUAUCCCGUCUCCAUGGCACUUCGACCGACAGCCAGAUCACCAUGUCGCUCGACAUCAACCAUGAGCUUUUCCCCGUCGAGGUCGGCCAGACAAUAAGCCUGGUCCUGGCAACGACAUUGGCGCUCGACGGCAGCUCCAAGGGCGAGAACGACUCCAUGUGGAGGAGCGUUGGCAAGCAGGGUGUGACAACACUGGCAGACAUGUACGACUACGUAUGCUACGGAAAGAACUACCGCAUGGAGGGUGGUGACGGGGACAUCAUAAAGUACUUUGCCAGUUUCGGCGGGCUGCUGCUAUACAUGGAGGGCCCUCACAGGAAGCUCAGCGGCCUCAAGAUCGACGACAUCUAUAUGCUCAUCAAGCACUCAUAA